CCUCUUAUACUCCAACCUCCAUCAAUGCUGCAGCAUCAACGCUGAUAUCUUUUUAAGGGCAGGACCAGAUUUUGUGCAGGGGGAUGCUCUGCAGCUUCACACCAACCAGUUUGGAAAUACUCAGCUCCCAAGAACAUCUGACUCAUUCGGUUCUCCUUUUUGCCCGUGCCCAAACAAGUGGAAGCACAGAAACUGGCAACAUGUCCUCCAACGUGUCCUCCGGGGCAGCCAAAAGCAAGCCCCUUUCCCCCUUCAGGAAGCGCGGAAGCCUGCAGUACACAGCCAGUACGGUCGACCUCCGCGGUGCCCGCCACCUCCUCACUCCCCAGCAUUCCUUGCCUGGGAUCCCCGUUGCCUUAAAACAAUCCGUAGAUCUGCGCACAUCCAUGGACGGCAAGUACAAGGAAAUUGCAGAGGAACUGUUCUCACGCAGCCUGGCAGAUAGUGAGAUGCGGAGUGCUCCUUAUGAAUUCCCAGAGGACAGCCCCAUUGAACAGCUUGAGGAGAGACGCCAACGCCUUGAGCGGCAAAUCAGCCAGGAUGUCAAGUUUGAACCAGACAUCUUGCUGAGAGCCAAACAGGAGUUUAUGAAAACAGACAGUGCCACAGAUCUCGAAUACAUGAAGCAGCAGAGCCAAGCGCCAGACCUGCUGGAGAGAGAGCUGCUCCCAGAAAGAGAGUACCAGCGAGUCACGAUCUCUGGAGAGGAGAAAUGCGGCGUUCCAUUCACGGACUUGCUGGAUGCUGCAAAGUGUGUGGUGAAAGCCCUGUUCAUAAGACAGAAGUAUAUGGGCCUAUCACUGCAGAGCUUCUGCAGGACCACCGCCCGAUACCUGCAAGAGUUAAGCGAGCAACCCCUCGACCUGACUAUCUAUGAGGAGGAAUUCCAAGAGGCGACGGAGGCCACUGUCACAGCCGAUGCCACAGUGCACCCACCUGUUUCUGGAACGCACCCCUAUAAAAACAAGGACCCAACCUGCAUGCCCCCUGACAUGCGCUACGGCUGCAAGAUGGUGAAUGGCGUCAUGCACGUGUACACAUCAACGGAGACGAUGGACAAGAGCACAGAGCUGGAGUUGCCAUAUCCGGACCUGCAGGAGUACAUCGCUGACAUGAACGUCAUGAUGGCCCUCAUCAUCAAUGGACCAGUGAAGUCCUUCUGCUACCGUCGCCUGCAGUAUCUAAGCUCCAAGUUCCAGAUGCACAUCCUCUUGAAUGAAAUGAAAGAAUUGGCAGCGCAGAAACAAGUCCCGCAUCGAGACUUCUACAACAUCCGGAAGGUUGACACACAUAUCCACGCCUCCUCCUGCAUGAACCAAAAGCACCUUUUGCGCUUUAUCAAAAGAGCCAUGAAGAAGUAUCCUCGGGAGAUCGUGCAUGUGGAGAGAGGGAAAGGUCAGACGCUCAUGGAGGUAUUUGAGAGUAUGAACCUGACGGCUUUUGACCUCAGCGUGGACACUUUGGACAUGCAUGCGGACCGCAACACUUUCCAUCGGUUUGACAAGUUCAAUGCCAAAUACAAUCCCAUUGGCGAAUCCAUCUUGAGAGAGAUCUUCAUCAAAACAGACAAUCACGUCGAAGGGAAAUACUUUGGUCACAUUAUUAAGGAAGUGAUGGCCGACCUGGAGGAGAGCAAGUACCAGAACGUGGAGCUGAGGUUGUCCGUGUACGGACGCUCCAGAGACGAGUGGAACAAGCUUGCCAAGUGGGCCGUCAAACAUCAAGUGUACUCGGACAAUGUGCGCUGGCUUGUACAAAUGCCCAGACUUUUUGAUGUCUACCAUAGCAAGAAGCAGCUGUCCAACUUCCAGGAGAUGCUGGAGAACAUUUUCCUGCCUCUUUUUGAAGUCACAAUCCACCCAGGCAAACAUCCUGAGCUGCACCUCUUCCUUCAGCAUGUUGUCGGUUUUGACAGUGUCGAUGAUGAGUCCAAGCCGGAGCAGCAUAUCUUCAACCUAGACAGCCCACUACCAGCCAGCUGGACGGAUGAGGACAAUCCGCCCUACUCCUACUACCUCUACUAUAUGUAUGCAAACAUGACUGUUCUGAAUCACCUGCGCAGGCAGCGAGGAUUCCACAGUCUGGUACUGCGUCCUCAUUGUGGCGAGGCAGGUCCCAUCCAUCACCUGGUGUCUGGUUUCAUGUUGUCAGAGAACAUCUCCCACGGGCUGCUGCUUCGGAAGGCUCCUGUGCUUCAAUAUCUGUACUAUUUGGCUCAGAUUGGCAUCGCCAUGUCUCCGCUCAGCAAUAAUAGUCUGUUCCUUAGCUAUCAUCGUAAUCCUCUGCCAGAGUACCUCUCCAGAGGCCUGAUGGUCUCCCUGUCCACGGACGAUCCCUUGCAAUUUCACUUUACUAAGGAGCCCCUGAUGGAGGAGUACAGCAUUGCGGCUCAGGUGUGGAAGUUGAGCUCUUGUGACAUGUGUGAGCUGGCCAGAAACAGCGUGCUGAUGAGCGGAUUCUCUCAUAAGGUGAAGAGCUACUGGCUCGGGCCCGACUAUGUCAAAGAAGGCCAAGAGAGCAACGACAUCAGGCGCACUAACGUUCCAGACAUCCGCGUGGCGUAUCGCUACGAGACCAUGUGCGAGGAGCUCAAUUUGAUAACGCAAGCCAUUCGUACGGAUGAGCUGGACACCAUUGAGGAGGAAGAGAGUCUGAGCAUGGCUGCCACCCAAGGAAAACAAUGAACUCUCACCGUAGAUUCCCUGCAUCACAACUUUGGUACACUUUUGUGUAAAAAUAAUUCAACGACUGUGGGAAAUUGAGAAAGGCCACACACUGGGUCGCGUUUAGCCGGUUGUUUAUUUCCAUGAGUUGUUCAUUGUGACGUCUCCAAAUCUUUUUAGGUUAUUUUUAUAUUAUGUGUUGAUGGCCAUAUCUUGUCAGCUUUUCUGUACUGUUGUAAACCUCAGAAGCAACAUUCAAACCGUUAUAGACGUGACAUCUCAUUGCUGUUCAUUUGGUUAUUAUUCACUCUUCUCACUGACAGUUUGAAAGAUGUCAUUGAUUGUCUCCAGCAACAACGCAAGCACCUGAAGAAUUCAUCCGUGUUCACUUGUGCUGCUCGUGUGAUGAAGCAUGCUGUGUCCUUAUAACAGGUCAACCAUUGCCAAAGCCAUCAGUAUAUUCAUUUUUUUGAGGAAAUGAAAGUCAGUUGAGAAUCUCUUGUCGUGUCAUUCAAUGAGUUUGGGUCUUUGUGCAAAGUACAAGUUGUAUUUCAAGGGCAUGCUUGUCUUCUCCCAGGGUGUUCCUGUACUGUACGUGAAAUUAAAGUUAAUGUUGCCUGUGUUGAUCUAUAAAUAAAUAUCCACAUAUAA